GGAGAUGUCUGCCGGACGGUAGAUGCUAGAAUCAAGUGGGCUAAGGGACCUUUUCCGUAAGGGGGAGGAGUUACGACGCAAGGGGGAGGAGCUAGGCCAGCGGGAUAGUUCCUCUACUAUCCACGCCACCAACUAUUACCUUUAGAAGCGGAGCGGAGCGAGCCACCGUGCCCGAAGCGUGGCGAGCGAACUUUUCGGGUACCCUUUUCGCCCGUAGCUCCUCCCCCUGGUGACGUGUCUCCUCCCCUAGCCGUGAGGAUCCAAUGAACACAUAGAGAUGCCUCCGAAAAACAAAACCAGCAAAGUCAGAUUUGUCAAAAGAAAAGGUUAUGUAGUCGGCAAUAAAGGAGGCACAAAGCGCAAGAAGCAAGAUUCAGAUGAUCACCCUCAGACGUCACAUAAAAAGCAACGUAUGAACGUACGAAAAAAGGAUUUACCGGGCACAAAGCGCAAGAAGCAAGAUUCAGAUGAUCACGCUCAGACGUCACAUAAAAAGCAGCGCCGUGAUCCUUCUGCAGGGAAAUCUAUUCGGGUGGCAAAAACAAACUUCCAGAAGUCCCUUUCAACUGAGGUAUCGGAGUACAUUGAGAUUUGUAUUAAUACUGCCAUAAUGUCUGUUUUGAGCAACAAAAAAUUGACCUCCUUCCAUGCAGUGCAAACACAGCUCUCUAAUCUCAAGGCCAGGCUUCUUCAACACUGUAAAAAGAUAAAAGUCCCGGUAAGCAAGCUGGGCAACGUGAAAAGCCUGAGAAGAGAGCUGGUAGAAGAACAGCGUAAAAUGGAAAUAAACCAAGCCACCUUGGACUCUUUGACCCAUGAAGUGGAAAAAGCUGUGAAGGCUGCGAACACGGUAGAAGAAUCUACGGAGGAUUUAGAAGCAAAGCUUGAGUGGUUGAAACAGCGAGCAGAGGGAGCUGACCAAUCACCGGAUACAGUAAAACAUUUGGACCCCAUACAGCUUCCGAAAAGCACCUUUAAGGCUCAGACAAUGCAGGAAAAAGUUCAGAAGUUGAGAAGCUCGAAGAUACUUUUAGGAGAACUCUCCCAGAUUGAAUCGAGUCCAGUAUAUAAAAACAUGUUGACGCUAAUUGAGAAGUCCUAUGCUGAAAUUGAUUCCCUGUGACUGAACGUUCUAUUCGGAUCCACGUUUGCAUUAAUCUGUUUUUUGUUUUUUUUGGUUUUUAACUGUAUUUUAAAAAUAAACAUGUUUUAGAUUA